GCGGCGCUGCAGGCUAAAAAGAGGAGACGGGAUAUCAGAGAGGAGGAAGCCCGUUUUCGGGCUCGCCUAUUUAUGCAGCGGAAUGUAAUGCAGGAGGCUCUUCGCGCUGGAUCGUUCAUCGAGGUGCCGCCGUUGAUUGACAGAUCCAUGGAGUGUACGCAGUUGUGUCGGGCACGUGGUGUGCUAGACAAUUUCGAGGGCGAGGCCGCAGUUGCUGUUGGCGAUUUGCUUUUCACAGAUGCUGGCGUGGAUCUGGCGUUCUCGUCGGAGCGGGCGAGAAGUGCGUGGUCGGGCGUGGGCCGCAAUGUUGCUCAUCAGGUGGGUCCUUUGCUGGCGGCUGCGACGUGGCUGGCCGAUCGCGGCAGGCACCGCAUUCUCGCCCGCGUCGCGGCGACAUGCCGCGGCGUUGAAGCUUUGCAGUUCGUGGAUUCUGUUGGCUACGACGGGACGCCGCUGAAGACCAGGGGCAACUCGGAGCGCGUCAGAGUUCUCGCGACGUGGAGGUUUUCGAAGUGCAUGACUGGCAUGAUCAACCUCGCGCUGUCUUUGAACUUCCAGGGCCACAUGGACUUGUUCCGAGACUCCCUCAAUGAUAUCACCAGGCAUCGGUGUGAGAUCAUAUCGACGCCGCCGCCGCCGCUUGCCAGACUUCGGAAGGCCUUGAUUCUCAAGUGGUUCAUUUCUGCCAAGAGCGGGGACCACGUCAUUGUGCGAGCUCUUCUAGAUAUGUUGGCAACUGGUGACUGGGAUAGCGACAGUAUUCAGAUAUACGUGCCACCUGGUGUAGCACACGACAGAGACCGUUUGUUUGACACCGCCGCCGGGGGCAUCGCACAGGCAAUUGCCCAUAAGAACUUCAGACUCUACCAGCGGAAGAAAUCGAUGGGUGCCGAUGAGGCGUGCUGCGAGUUCGCUGUCCCGCUCCUUCUGGGGAACACUCUCGUUCAUGCGUACAGGCUCUUUUGUCACCGCGUUCGGAAGGGCGCGACUCACGGAGACGUGGCGGUCGUGUUGGGCCAGGCCGCCCACCGAGCCCCUGCCCAUCCUGGCAUGCUGGCUAUCGCCGACGGGGAGGGCGACGAUGCGGCGCGCGUGCAGCGCGAGGAGGACGACGGGGAUCCUCGAGGACAGGCGCCCAUCGCGAUAUGGGCUCGAGAAGUCGCCAGGAAGCGGAAGAUAGCCUUGGACUGGUUGCGCGGCUGCUCGGGAACGCCGCCGUGCGCGGAGGUGGUUGUUCUGAAGCUGAUCGUCAGCGUGAUCCAGAGUAUGCAGUCGGAAGAAUUGUGGAUUGGGUCCAAGAGGUGGGAGCGCAAGCAGAAUGCAAUCGCAGCCAGGCGCUACGCCAGCGGCGACAACGGCAGCCUUCUCAGGGACUACAGCAUCCUCGUCCACGCUCGUGGACAGCUAGAGCUCAAGGCCUUCAUGCGCAUGCGAGCGCUCUUCUUCGACAGCAGGUUGUGGUGCUUAGUGCGCGAGGCCGAGAUGAACAACAGGUUGAAGGCCGACGUCUUUACUGGCAUCUCUGCUGCGGGUGCCUUGGUCCAGAAAUUGAUCGCGACGCCCCAUGAGCUGGCCCCGUUCAGGUUGUGUCUCGUGCUUUUGCAGCCCGAACUUGCGCCAGACAUCCAGAACACCCCUCGGUGCAUGCUGGAUCCGUGGUCGUCCAAGUUCCUCCAGGAGAACGAUCUCACCACCGAGGACGCCAUGGUGCGGCUCUUAGUUCAUGCGAUGGUUAUUUACACCAACACUGACCGAUUGGAGGUAUCGAACAGCCACAUCAGGCGCAUUGUCGCGCGGCACGUGCAGUGCCCGCAGCCCGACGGCAUCGACAUCAGCAGCAGAUGGGUAUCCUCGACAGUUCGAGCUCAUCGCUUCGAGUUUUCGCAGGCUGCCGAUUCUGUCGGUCGCGAUGCCGACGGCGGCGACGACGGUGACCCUAAACCAGACCUCCGAGGGGGCGGCGGUGGCGCAUGGAGGGCAUUCGUUAGGCAUCACGGGUCACGGGACUUGGCGGAGGCAGGCAGGUUGUACAGGGCACUGAAGAACACCGUCGGGUCGGAGCUUCUGGGCGAGUGCGUGCGCCUCGGCCAGCUGGCGACGCAGGCGAGGGGACAGGGCCGCAAGGGGAACUCGUUCGGGCCGUCUCGCGCAGAGGUGGAGCGGGCAAGGUUCAAGAAGAGCUUGCAGUUGAGAGCGACAGCCAAUCCAGAUGGUGACGGCAGAGCUGCAAUUGGCCAGGUCAUUGCGGAAGCCCAACUCCACGGCAACACGACGGAGGAGACGCUCGACAUGAUUAAGAGGACCAGGCAGAGGUCGAGAGCAUUGAGGCGCGAUGCCGAAAAGAAGGACGGUCGUGACAUUGAGGAGUUCGCGCGCACGCACACCGACGAUUGGGUUGAUGACCUCGCAUCUGGCAGUAGCGAUUUUCGGGCAGCAUCGGGCCUCGCUGCAGUUCCUGGCCCCGCGGGUGGCGUCCGAGCACUACAGCCGGAUAACGCUGCGUCUUCGCGCGACGCCGUCGACAUGGUUGCUUAUCUCAGGGACAUUGGUGCCAAGAGCUCAAACCUGAUGAAGAGUAUUUCGGAUCACUGGAAGUAUCUGCAUCGCAGUAUGGCUGACGAGGCGGAGGACGCGCGUGCAUCUUCUGAUGAGGACCUAGAGACGACACGCGGAUGUUGUUGGAAAGUUGGUUAUUGUUGUUGUGGCGAGCGUGGCAGGACGACGAACCAGUUUAAGAAUUCAAUGUCGCUGGCAAUCAAGAGGGCUUGUCCGAGAGACCUCGACCGCAAGAAGCGCCGGGCCUUGAAGGACGGCGAGAUCAUCAUUCGCUUCGAGUGUGAUGUCAUCGGCGACGGCGACAGCGCCGAGUUGGCGGAGUUCCGGGGCCUCGACGUCGACAUUAGGUGGUGGCACGUGUCGUGCAUGUCGCUGAGCCCUUUCGAGCCGAUGGCGCAGCUGAUGCACGUUCCAGAUGCAGACGAGGCCAUGACGGCCAACCCUCAGGGCGACGAGGUGGCGCUGAAGGCAUCUGGUGAGUGGCUCUCUGGGGAGAAGUGGGCGGCCACCUUUGAGGGAAACGUGAAGUGGCGCGCGAGCUUCUACGAGCUCUGUCGGCACAGGAGGCCCCUCGCCAUCUUCGUGCCAGGAGUUGUGCUCGUGAAGGAGUUGGUCGCCGAGGUGAACUCCUUCGACGUUUGGCCGCCCGCGCCCCGCGCUGCCGACGCCGCCGCUAUCUUGGACGAGGUCGGCGAUGGCGUCUCGGAAGGCUCCGAGCGCGACGAGGCCGACACCGACGACGGCAGCUCGGACAGCUCGGACAGAGCCGACCGCACCGACGAAGACCGCUGCACCACGGACGAGGAUUCCAUGUCUCACGAGAGCUGGCUCGGCAAGUCGUCUACCAGCGAGGACGAGGGAGAUGCAUGUCUCACGAACUUGGUGCCCGCGCAGUCGCGGGUGGCAGGUCGCACCCGCGUGUUCCUGACCAUCUGCUUGUUGGGCCCGACCUUCCGCCUGGUGGGGCAGAUCCGCAUCCUGUGCCACUUGUUCCACCAGGCCCGUUGCCCCCUCGGCCGCCUGUCGCGGCAGGGGAGCCCCGUGCGGAUGGAGGGGGCGGCGCCGCCGCCCCUGUCGCGCCAGCGCCUGCGCGACUGGGCCGCGGCGGCGCCCGCCAUGGCCGAUCGGCAGGGCGACGGCUGGGUUCUGUGCGCGGCGCCGUCGAUGGCAGCGCGGGCGGCGGCAGUGGCCGCCAUGGUCGCCAACGCCGCCGCUGCCGCCCGCGGCACUGGGGCGGCCAACAGCAGUGCGGCCGCGGGCGCAGUGCCGCAAUUGGGGGCCGUGGCGCAGCGGGGCAGCAGCGCGGCCGCCAUUGCAGCGCCUGCUGCGUUCAACGCGGCGCGUUUUCAAGGGGCCGCCACGGUGCACGGCGCGGCGCGCGCGCCGAACGCGUUCCGAUCCGCGGCGGGCCACGGCCUUCAAGGGGCCCGCAACGACGACAUCGACAGGGCGAUGUGCGGAUUCAAGGUGACGAUGGAGGCGCCGCGGAUCCAGGCGGCGCUGCAGGUGGCAGUGCGGGUGGCGCGGCAAGUGGCCUUGCAGGUGGCACUCAGGGUGCUGCAGGUGGCAAUGAGGGUGCAGGUGGCAGUGCAGGAGGGUCCAGCGAGGCUCAGAGAUUGCAUCCUGACACUGAAGGCCACAAUCAAAAAGCAGAAGAAGAUGCACGCGAAGCUGGUGCGUUCGAAGGCCAAGACGAAGCGCAGCUUGAACAAUAUUACAGAUGCCGUCUUGAAAGUCGUAGAGGACAUGGGCCAGGUUUUCCGGGGCAACUCCGUGCUGGGUUUUUUCCCCCCAAGCUGUCAGGACGGCAUCAAGAUCUUCAAGAGCGGCGACGGCCAGGAGCACUUGGAGGCGAUCCUCGUCGAUGGGGACAUUGCGUGCGAGCAGUGCGUCAACUUCGUCUUCGUGGAGAUGCCUGGGUGGAUGUUCAAGGCCGCGGUGGAUGCCAUGAACAACGGCAUGAUGGACUCGUUGUUCAACGACGGCACCGUGCCGAGCUCGGUGGCAGAGCAACCGCCAGAGGGCUCCAAGGGCCUCAGCAUGUUGGAGUCCAUGUCCGUCGGGCACGAGCUCUACAUCAAGGUGUGCGCGCUGACCGCCAGUGACGUCGUCAAGGAGUUCGGCAAGUCCCCCAAGACGUUGAACAUCAAAGGCAUACAGGUUGCUCAGAGGCCUUCUUGCGUCAUCGUGUACCCUUUCAUGCCGACACCCGACAGGAAGUUGAAGUACCCGACGAUGAAGAUAUUCCAUCGGAGCAGCAUCGGGACGCAGCUCAACCACUGCAAGGACGGGGCCAAGAUGUUGUUUGAUGGGCAGGCGGAGUUGCUCCUCGGGGCCGCGAGCGGCAGCUGCAGCUCCAGCUCCAAGGACGAGGACGGCGCCUUCACUCUCAAUUUCGGCAUCAACUCCAGCAUCCCGACCUUCGCUGCCAUCAAGGACCGCCGCGACGCGCUGAACGAGAAGGCGAGGAGGCGCUACGGCAAGGCUAGCUCUGGUCUGAUCGACGGUGACGAGGCGGAUGAGGCCGCCGCGGCCGCAGGCAGCGACGAAGCGCGCGGUGGCAGCGCACAUGACAUGAUGGGUGCAGCUCCGAGCGAUGGGGAUGUGAUUGACAUUGACGGAGAUCCCGAGCGGACUGGACGGCCUGAGCUUGCGCCGUCGUGCGGCUCGGCUGCCAAGGGGCCCUGCAAGCGACAUCCGUCUGCGUCCCCGACGCCGUCCGCCAAUCCGAGGGGCGGGGAGACCCCGAAACAUUCGACGGAUGAUGAUUUGCUCAACCCGCACACUUGCGGGACGGUCGACUACUGGGUGUUCGAGCUGAGGUUCGAGCGGGCCUUCAACGAGUACAAGAACGGACGCGCGGAGAACCAAGCGAGGUUAUUGCAUGGGAAGCUCUCGGGGGGCGAGCGCAAGAACUUGGGGAUCCACUUAGACCUGUACUCCAAGGCGAAGAAGUUUUGCCCCUCCCAGUGCAAGGGCGAGGUAGACGAGGACCUCAGGAAGGACUGGAAGGAGUUGAAGAAGGCAGGCACGACGCUCACGAACGUCGCCCUGCGGGGCCUUGCCAAGAGGAACGUCGACGCAAUAUGGAAGAAUCUCGUGGACCCUGAGACCAGCGACGAGAAGACUAAGGCCUACUUGCAGGCGUUCUUCCAGGCGACCGCCCCGUGGGCGAACCCUGGACAGCUGUCCAACGGUGCCAACAUCGACCCCUGCAACGUGACGAUGAUCCAAGCGUGCGAGACCGACGACGACGUGACCGACCUUUUCCAGGAGUGGGUGUUCAGUCGUGCCCUCAGCGAGUGGCUCAGCCAAGGGAACUCCGCAGUAUCGAAGGUGGCGGCCUUCGUCGAGCACGCCCUGGAUUUCUGGGACCAGCUUCCCGAGGACGCGGUCUUGGGAGAUAUGGCCGCGGAGAGCCUCCUUCAGGGAAACAUGGUGUGUAAGACCGUGCAGACGCUGCUCGCCAACACGCUGACGCACGACACCAACUUAGAUACCUUCGGUCAUCUCGAAGUGCUACACAGCGAGGCGUCGCGUACCACGGGCAACCAGAGCGUCACAAGGAUCGCGGCCCAGGCGAUGUUGACGAGCGCUGGCGACUUCUGGCAGAAGAAAAUCGACUGGGCUAACGACCGCGCCAAGGCCAUCCAGGAGCACGGUGGCUCGUUGCAGGGGUCGCACUCGAAGCUGAUGGAGAUGCCAGUGGGCGGUCCGCCCACCAAGGCGAACGGUGAGUUCAUGUUGAAAGUUGCGAGGGACAUCCCCUAUUGGGACGCGAGGAUCUACGAUGGUGCGGCCGACGAUGUCAGGGCAGCUUUGCUCGAGAAGGCGGUAAAGGCUUGCAGCAUGUUGACGGACUCGGCGUCGGCGGCGGCUGGAGCAGGCGUCAGCCAUGAGAUUCACGAGAACCCCGCUGCCGUCCUGCGCGUGUUCAAGGACCUGUUCAGGGAGAUGUCGGUCCUCUUCCCUGCGGACGAGGGCGUUGAGAAGGCGGCGCAGGCGAUCCACUCCAAACUCCUGGACCUGGACUUGGCGUCCAAGCACGACGUCGUCUGCUCGGCGAUCACGGAGUGGGGCCCUCACCCCGAGAAGGCGCGCCGCCUCCGCGAUGCGCUGCACGAUUGCCGCGCCAAGGAGCUGCCUGAUGAUGUUCGCGAGUCGUGCUACAAGCUGUUCCAGGUAGUCGUCAAGGGGGCGAUCGAAGACAGCACCUACGGCUUCAUGCAGCAAUCAGAUGGGUCCUACUACGACACAUUGGAGACGCUCUCGCCCCACGUGCCGCAAGCCUCUGUCGACACCUGCACGAAGGUUGGAAGCAUGGUGAAUGCGUCGUGGAGGGCCAUGGUCGCGUUCAAGAGCCUGUCGGAUGCCGUGGACCCCCCUGCGGAGAGUGCCCCGACAGACGGCGCCACCAAGGAGCGCUUGGCGAAGGAGCUCGUCAGGGCAUUGCAGAAGCAGAAGCAUAGCAUGAAGCCAGCCUUGCUCGACUCGUUCGUCGCCGAUGCGAGCCAGGUCGUCAACGACAAGAUGGAGGUUGCCAGGGAGCUGACCAGCCGCGUCGGAACGAACGUCGUGGAUAAUCUCCAUAAGGAUCUGCUCAUGAAGCUGAAGACGCUCGUGGACGGCAUGGCUGCGGUUCCAGGGUACAAGGACUACGACGAGAAGGCGUCGUCGUGCAUAAACUUGGACGAGGUGCUGUCGUUGUACAAGGCUGGCCUGUGCGACGCCAGCGUCGGUGCGUGGUCGGAGGACUGCGGGAAGGUCGACACUCACAAGGAUGAGCUGAUCAACAAGGCGGCGGAGUUCGGAGUGCAGAUCGAUAAGCAGAAUAUCAUCGAUGUGGAGACGACUCUGAAGGCCAUUCGCGUGCAGGUCAUCAGCGCGGAGCUCUGCGAGUGCUUCGUGGAUAAGGACCUUGUCAAGAACAAGGUGGAGCUCCGUGGCAGGAUGACGUCGAUCCAGGCCAAGCUGCGCAAGGCCGAGGUGCAGCCUGGCGAUCUCCCAGUACCUCUCGUGGAUCGGUACCGUGCCGCGCUGAGGGGUGCCUCGCUGUUGGCCAGCGAGGCAACGGGGAACGGAGCACCGCCCGCCGUUCGCGUGCCGUGCGGGCUG